AUGUCCGCUAUUGCAACAAGAAUCGUUGGAAAAUAUAAUCUUAACCCAGGAAUGAGUGUAUCUGAGCUCAGUAAGUAUACUUCUGAAUUGCUCAAAGACCUUACAGACGAUAUAGAAAGCGGAAUCAAGCACGAAGACGCCUUCGAGAUGAGAAAAAGCCAGCGAAAAGAUAUCAAUCUCGUAAUUCUAGACAAGGCCUUAGUAAAAUCAGAAGAAACUAUCAAAGAGAUAGCACAUCGGAUUUUACGAGAUAAACUUGGUGAAAAGGAUGUAAAGGCUGAAGCAAUAAAAUUAGCUAAGUCGGCUUUGAAUGAAGUUGCUGGGUCCUCUAGGCUUUCCCGGCUUUGGAAAGAAUUACGAAAUCUUAAUGCUCCUUGUUAUUAUAAUAUAGUUGAAGCGACAAAAAUCUUUGAAAUUACAGAUAAGUCUAACAAAAUUCAGACAAGCCGGCGAAAAUUAGCCGAGGAUUUUGAGAAAAUCGACUAUCCAGAUCAUUUACAUUAG